UACGUUCGCCGAACUGUCUCGUACCGUUAACCCGGCUGGUGAUAAGGAUUUUGCAGAUUCAGCAAACGCACUCCCAAUCUUGCUCGCAAUACUGUGAUGGGACGUGCUGGGUCCGUUUUCGGAAGAGAAUUACGGGACAUCGGAGACUUACCCUUUUCUAUGAGCAUUGAUUGGGACAGACUUCUCGAUCCUGAAACUCAAAUACAGGAUUCAAGUUAGAGUCAAGCACUGGCCAAAUUUGUAGGCUUUCCCUUUUCGACCAGGAAUCGACGACAGACACCUAGCGAGGACAUUUCUGAAACGAAAAGUACGGCAUCGUACCCUUUUCACCUGGCUGUUCACGUCGGUCGGGAUUGGAAUGAGGCCAAUUGAACGUUCAACGCGUUGGUAUAUGAGAGAUAGAGUUUGGUGGCCUCUCACCAUGCCGUUUCUUAAUUUCUCAAAGUGAAGAACAUUAGAGGUACCUUAUCGCAUCGCAGGCCUCGUAACCCUCAUGGAUGUUGUCAUUCCAUGUUCAUUUUGAUACUUGUGCUCUGGCAGGGUCUUACUAAGAUCUAUCAAUUAUAGUGCCCGGGGUCUUCAUCGACGGCAUCAAGGAUGAUUCCGUUCUCACGCAGGUUUUUAAGUGGUUGAAAUGAUAGCUCUUCGCUAUCGCCGGCCGCAUUUCUUGCCAAAGCUUCUCGUCUGGAUUGAGUAAACCAUGGCCGAUACGCACGCUAUUCGCCUUGCUCCAACGUGCAAACGUACACAAACCGAACAGUCGCUUGGCCCUCCGGGUUUGUCUUUCCCGCGUAUCCUUCCUCCACGUCUGCUUCCAUUCCUCUUUCACCCUCCUCUUCCAGCUCGACCACCACCACAACAGUCACUGUCGAAUAUCGUAAGCCCAUCUCUUCAUCUUCAAGUGGAACUCAAAACCUUCGGGCCUGACAUUUUUCAUCUUCACUGAUAGUGCUUAGAGUGAAAGGGUGACCUGUCUUUACCAUGGCUUUCCGCAGACGUGACUCCCGCAAUGGCUAUUCCUCCGCAGACGCUUAUCGUUCCCUUCAUAACCCAGGGGAUGCCUUCAACUUCCAGGAGGACAUUGCUGCUACAUCCCCACAUCCCUCUGGUGGCCACCACCGUGGUGUUUCCAGUAGCGAAGAAGAAGAGGAAAACGUUGGAAGUGUGCCCCCCACGCCGUUCUCCCCAGAUUACACGCAGGUGGACGAACGCACUGGGCUUACAAGCGAUAUGCCUGCUCGUCCUACAAGUACGGGCGAUUCAGACCACGACGAGGUCUCGUUGAGUCCCCCACGACCUUUCUUCCUCGGGAACGGACGACAAGCAUCGAGUGAUAGAGGUAGUUGGAGUUCCACCGCUACACUCGAAGCCGCUAGUGAUAGCGACGUCGCUUCCACCGAUUCUGUUCCUAGCCGUGGCGCUCCAAGACGUCCCAGCGUCGGUACCACGGUUACGACUGCUAGACGCUCCAGCAACUCAGGCACUUCUGCUCCUCUCAUCAUAGGGGGAAGCACCAAAGCCUCACGUGCGGCAAUGAGGUAUGCCAACGCUCACCGUGACCGUUCUGCCUCUGCUUCGGAGACAGCUGCCGCGGUUGUUGCUCCUCCCCCGCCGCCAUCAGUCUCUUCUGCGGAUGUGAGAGCUCGUAACCAACAGCGUAGAAGGUCAACGUUGGAGGAGACUGCUUCUAUCACUUCCGACUCGCAGGGCGCAACGACGACCGUCGAGGCGACUACUCCCAGCGCAGAACCGAAUCCGUUCGACACCCCUACGUCUUCGGUAUAUGUUGGUUCCAGCUCGAACGUCACCCCUCCCUCUCCCUCUACCAACACCGACACUUCUUCCGAAGUCGCUCCUGCACCGCCGAAGUCGCCUACUCCUAUCCAACGCAAGACGACUGCAUCUAAACCUCCGAGCUCGCCAACGAUCCCUUAUGCUCCACAAGCGAGCAAACCGCCACCAUCGGCAUUCCCCUCUUUCCCCUUCCAAUCUCAUCCAGGGAACCCUGACCCCGGCACACCCAUCCCGGGUAUCCCUCGUCGUUCUUCCCUCGAAAGUUUCAGGAACAGCAUUCCGAGACCUACGUCUGCAGGCUCGCAUUCUACUGUGAACUUGCAACAAGGUGGCGUGGGGAGUGUGUAUCCUAUUGGGUAUGCUGCGCUGCGUGGAGGGGAAAGCGUGAGUCAAGUCGAGUUGGAGAGGCCGAAUGCGGCGUUCAUGCAUGAGGAGGAGGGAAUAAGGGAAGGGAGCCCAACGCCCCCACCUAUGAAUAACGUGCCUGGUGUGUACAGGAAUAGUGCAGCCGCUGCUAUGGGAGCUAGUAAUGGACAACUUGCGGGCGAACCUAGAACUGCGAUCCCGCGCACGUCCUCUGUUCCCUCUAUCGCCAUGCGUGCACCCUUCCUCUCCCCCGCCUCACGUCCUUCGUCAACCCUCUGGUCUCCUCCUUCCUACCCAUCUAACCCUUACGCUUCCAAUGCGGUUUACCCACCUGGGUCCACCCCACCCUCUCUUCCUUACCUCCCCGCCAACAGCAAUUCCAACCCAUACCUCGCACGAAAGAUCAAAACGCCUUUGCCCAGUUCUCGUCUCGUCAACAAGUUGACGAAUGAAGAGAAACCAUGGGUAAAUCAAAAGGAUCGUCGGAGUCGUGCGAGUUGGUGGUUAACGCUCGCGUGUUUCAUAUUGGGUGUUGGGGCAAGUGCGGUGGUGUGUUAUCUUGGAUGGACGGGGGUGAAGUGGUUGAAGGAUGAGGACAUUUGUGAGGUGUUUAGUGAUGACUUUAAUGGCGGUUCGUUGAACACGGAUGAUUGGACGCCUGAUGUUGAAUUGGGCGGGUUCGGGAACGGCGAGUUCCAGAUGACGUCCAAAGAUCCGAGCAAUCUCUUUGUGCAGAAUGGACAGUUGUACAUUGUCCCGACUCUAACUUCAGACGAGAUCGGCACGGAUUCUGUAUUCGAUAACUACAGGUAUCCACUCAAAGAUUGUACCGCCAGCGGUAACGCCUCCGCGUGCUCCGUCACCUCUAAUAAAGACCGCGGCAUCGUUGUCAACCCAGUCAAGUCCGCACGUAUCAGCACUAAAGGCAAACAUGCCAUUCAGUUUGGUAAGGUGGAGGUCAAGGCUAAGAACCCCCGUGGAGAUUGGCUCUGGCCCGCAAUCUGGAUGUUACCAGAGGAUGAUCGUGUGUAUGGUCCAUGGCCUAUUGGUGGUGAGAUCGACAUCAUGGAAGCCCGAGGAAAUGGACCCGAAUACACUGCCCAAGGCAUCAAUUAUGUCCGUUCGUCACUCAACUACGGUCCCCUUGCCACCUUGCAAAGCCAUAUCUUCGGCUGGUGGUCCAACAAGCGCGCUUCGUACGACGGGGAGUUCCAUACGUACACCAUGGAAUGGACUCCGGAUUGGAUGCGGUUUUAUGUGGAUGCACGGUUACAAGCGAUGAUGAAUGUCAAGAUCAACGGCAGAGGCGGGAAGAGCUUCUUCGAGUUGGGCAAUUACCCAGACACGGCUAAGAAUGGGAGUGAUGCGGAUGUGGUGGUUACGGAUGUUUGGGCUGAUAUGGGUGGAAGUCGGGCAGCGCCUUUCGAUCAAUCGUUCUACCUGAUCAUUGAUCUUGCGGCUGGAGGCACUAGUGGAUGGUUCCCCGAUGGUGUCGGUGGCAAGCCAUGGUUCGACGGUUCGGCGACGGCUAUGCGGGACUUUGCAAAGGACCAGCCUAAUUGGUCCAAGACUUGGCCAUCGGACACUGGUGACCGUGCUUUCAGGAUUGAUUCUGUGAAGAUGUGGAAGCUCGGGAAAUGCUGAGCGUUUGGCAUUUGCCUCCCUUCGGCUUGAAGUACUUCAGGAGAAUGUGAUCUCCCGAUACCCGUUCUCAAGUAACACCCAAAUCCGAUAUAUACAAAAGCAUCGAAGCUCUCAACGUACCUAUACUACAAGCUCGACAUUUCGAGCCCGGACGAUCUCUUCUUGCAACACACGGACCUUGAACACACGACUUUCCCCUAGCCUACAUUCUACUUCAACAUUACAUGCCCUUUUACUUCAUGUUGCAUUCAUACCCAUUGAUGGACCUUUCUCAACUUAUUACGCUACCCCUGUUGCCUCUUUUUACCCUUGGUAACCGUUUUGCUACUCAUUUCCUGCUCACUCACGAUUUUGACUCUAGAUCUUGUAGCUCUGAUACUCCCCUUCCCUAUUUCUCUCCCUAUCCUAAGUACAUCCUGUGGUCCUGAUAUACGCUUUGGCUCGCAUUUGCGACCUGUCCAUUCAUUUUAAACGCUGCCCAAUAUACUCUGGCGUUGACGUAGAUACCGUUACUCGUCAGACACCUAUGUAUAGAUUAUUGCUUCUUGCUCCUUGCUCGCUCCUCUCGGUCAAUUGCAUUCCUCACUUACGACUCUACUGACGUUUGCGUCUAAGAGAAUGGAUCAUUGCUGUCAUCAUCGGA